CUGGCAGACACAUUGUCAUGACUUCAAUUCUUGAAAAACUCUUUCCAGAAAAGUUGAAACAGAUGAAGGAAAUCUAUGCUGAUCCAACUUGCGAAGGAGGUUCUUGGAUCUUGAGCUCGUCUGCUAGCAUGAGCUGAAUUGUCUCGUUUUGCACGUUGUCUGUCCAAAGAACAGCUCCGGCUUUGGCCAGCGUUGCGGUGUUGUAAAAGUCCAGGUAAAAAGGGGUGCACGCACAAUGGCGUGGGCGGGCUUCCCCAAAGUGAGCCUGGGCGACCUGGCGGGCGCUGUGAAUAAGCUCCAGGAGAGUGUGAAGAGCAUUGAGAAGAACUUUGACUCCGCACUAGGGUUGGAUCAGCUGCAGAAGCCAGCACAGGAUGCCCAAGACGCGUCCACAACUGCUGCCCCUGCAGCAGAUCCACCAGGCGCCAGUGCAUUGGACGGUUGGGGUUGGGGCGUGAAAGCAGAAAUUGCGAAAGCACAGAGUAGCGGGGCAGCCACCGCAACGCAAGCAACAGACACUCCUCAACAGGCAGAGCCAAUGAAAGCAAGCGGUUCGAAUGUUCCGAAACCUGCUCCCGUGCCCAUCCAAAGUCUUCGGAAAGAGGCGCCGGCGAAAGGCCUUCCCCCGCUUAGUCCUCCAGGGACAGGCACUGCAAACAGUGUUGGCAAUGAGGGGGCGGAGGCUGGUGAGGAACACAAGGCUGACGCGGGAGCUGAGACAAAGCCUUCGGUUGUCCCGCCAUUGCAAGGAGCGAAAGGAGGGACCGAUGUCGCCGCUCUGGCGAGAUUUGAAGCGGCAGCCGAGCCUGUUGAGGUCCCUCCGACAGAAGAAACUUUGAAAACUGGCUUAGUUGUGGAAGCCAAGGAGAAGGGCACUAGUGCGGCAGUGCUGAGCUCAGCAACUGCAGGGAAAGAGCCUGGCCAGCAAGCAGGUGGAAAGAAGCCUGUAGAGGACCAGGUCUCCAGCGGGGGCCCGGAGACAGCUGUGAAGGAAGAAGCGGCCGCUGGGGCAAGUGCUAGUGUGAAUGCGCCCAUGGCCCAGGCCAAAGCUUCAGCAGCUGAUGCGAGCGCGCCAGGAGCUGACGUCACCGAGCUCCAGGCGGGUGUAAGCGCAAGCGGGACAGACGGGGUUGAGACCACAGAAGACGAGGAUGCGGGAGGUGUUGAUACGGGCAAUGCGGGGGUGCGCAGUAUGAAUGCGCCCCCGGAGCCGGUGACGCUGGCACGCAUCGUUGGAGGGGUAGAGGCGUCACAACCGUUUGGACAUGGGGAGGCGACAUCUCAGGAAGAGAGCGUGGCUUCUCCGAAGAUCAAUCUGGCAAGUGCUUUUCCGGCGGCAGCGGCCCCGCAAUUCAAGCCACAUGCGGAAGUUGAUUCGGUGGUCGAUCUGGUGUCCAGUGACGGGAGGGGGGAUGUACGAACGUCGGGGCUGGGCCUUGUCUCAGAGGGAGAGAGCACUGAUAUGGAGACGGGGGGAAACGAAAGGGAGACUGUUCACUUGGAAGUAGGGGAAAGGGCGGAGGGAACAGAGGAAAAGCAGGUCGGGAAGAGCCAAGAGGGAAGCGCGGAAAACGCGUUGGUUGAGGAGUCUUCAGCAGUCUUCCCGGUUUCAAAAAAUGCCGAGAUGGAAGCGACCACUUCCUGUGAGAAACCAGAAAUUCCCAAAGCCCCAGCUGUUGAAAAAGUUGCAGAAAGAGCGGAUACAUUGAAAGGAGGGGCAGAUAAGGAGGAUGACGGAAGAGGGGGCGUUGGAAAAGGGAGGGAGGUCAAGGUGGCCAGUGAGGGGGAGGCGGCAGAGCUGGCACGGCUGAGGGAGGAGCUCAAGGCGAUGGAGGUCGCUCUGCAGCAUGCGGCCAAGCAGGCACAGACCCGGACCAACGAGCUAGCCGAGAUGGGAACUGCGAAUGACAACCUCAGGGCAGAGUUGGAGGAUGUCAAACGGAAGAAGACGGACGAGUCUGACCUGGAAGCGCUGCGGGCAGAGUACCAGCAUCGACUGGGGACUGCAGAAAGGAAGGUGUACGCUCUGACCAAGGAGCGGGACAUGCUGCGGCGCGAGAGCAGCCGCAAGAGCGACACGAGCACGCUGCUCAAGGAGAAGGACGAGAUUAUCAAGCAGGUCAUGGCCGAAGGUGAGGAGCUGAGCAAGAAGCAGGCUGCAGUGGAGGGCCAGAUGCGCAAGCUGCGGGGGACCAUCCGCGAGCUCGAGGUGGAACGGGACCGCCUCGUGUCGCGGCUGCAGGUGGAGGAAGCCAAGACGGAGAGCAUCCAGAAGGACAAGGCCAAGACGGAGCGCCAGCUGGCGGAUGCGGUGGAGCGCGCACAGGCGGAGCUGACGGCGCAGAAGGAGAGCUACACCGCAGCGCUGCAGGAGACGAAAGAGGCCCUGGCGAGGGCGGAGGCGGCAGCGGACAGCAGCAAGAGGAGCGAGCUGGACAAGCAGGUGAAGGAGGCUGCGGAGCGCGAGGCGGAGCUGGUGCGGCAGUUGGAGGAGGUGCGCGAGCAGAUGGUGCGCGAUGCGCAGUCGGCCGCGGCGCGCGAGGACAGGCUCAGGCGGGACGUGCGGGAACUGGAGGCACGCUGCCAGGACGCCGAAGCACGCCACUCGGAGCUGAUUGCGCGCGUCCCCGACUCCACUCGCCCGCUGCUGCGCCAGAUCGAGGCUCUGCAAGAGGCUGCCUCGUCGCGCGCUGAGUCGUGGGGGGCUGUGGAGCGUACGCUGAACGCGCGGGUGCAGGAAGCGGAGGUGGCGGCAGCGGGGGCGCAGGAGAGGGAACGAUCUGCAGCUGAUCGGCUGACGCAGGCGGCGAGUAGGAUGGCGGUCAUGGAAGCGCAGGUGUCGAUGCUGCGCGCAGAGCAGUCUGCGCUGCAGCGGUCGCUGGAGAAGGAGCGUGCGCGCGCGGGCGAGACGCGGCAGGAGCUGCUCGCGCUGAAAGAGGCGGCGGCCACGCACGAGGGCCGCGCAUCGCAGCUGGAGGACGAAAUGAAGGACCUGCGGACGGCGCACCGGAAGGAGGCCCAAGAGGCCGCCAGGAAGAGGGACGCACUAGAGCAGGAGCUGGAAGCGCUGCGGGCGGAACGGGAGAAGCUGCGCGCGGGCCAGGCGCCGGCCGUGCACCGAGGAGCGCCGGAGCGGAACGGCGGAGGUGCGGGGGAGAGCGUGGCGGACGCGACGAGCGAGCGGCGGAUGAGCCGACGGCCGUCCAACGCGAGCAGCGCGGGGAGCAGCAUGGAGGAGGGCUUCUUCCUGCAACACUCGCUGGGCGCGCCUUACCCCGGCAGUCACGAAGGCGGUCCGGCCUGGGGCAGCGGCCCGCGGGGCGGCGUGUCGGCCAGCGCCGUGGAGCAACUAGAGGCGCUGCUGCGACAACGGGAAGGGGAGCUCGCAUCCUACUCCAGCCGGCUGGCGUCGUUGGAGGGCACGCGCGACGCUCUCGCGGAGGAGCUGGUGCGCACAACGCAGGCGACGGAGGAGCUGGGCCGGGAGGCCGCGCUGCUGCCCAGCCUGCGCGCCGAGCUGGAGGCGCUGCGCCGCCGCCACGCGUCCGCGCUGGAGCUCAUGGGGGAGCGCGACGAGGAGGUGGAGGAGCUGCGCGCGGACCUGCAGGACCACAAGAGCAUGUACCGCGAACAGAUCGACAUGCUCGUCAAGCAGAUUGAAAGGCAGAGCAAGUCCAAUCUCACCUAGACCAUUGCACUUGGUGUUGCAUGGAGUUUAUUCCUCAACAACAAUGUAUUGCUAACAAUAGGAACUGAAUUAGACAGGCGUUUUCUCACUGUAAACUCUUUUCAAAGUGACUGGCGUUUGUGGAAGCGGAUUGGUGGACUCCAGCAAUAUCGCAGUCUCAGCUUGUGGCUAACCGUUUUUGAGCUUGUUUAGUUGCAUGCUAGCCAAGUCACUGAAUGAAUCUCAGUCUCACUAGCGCACGGG